AUGGGUGUGUUUAAUUUAGUGUUUCAUCAUGGGGGAAGUUUCGUGCAAGACGGCCAUAUGUAUUAUAGAGGAGGUAGUGAGACUACUGUUGAAGGUCAGGACGAAGAUAAAUGGAGCUUUUUUGAAGCUGUUAGUCUGGUUAAAGAUUGGGGUUAUGAAGGGUUUAGGCUAUGGAGAAAGAUUCCGCAAACGGAUGAAGGGUUUACAAAUGUUGUUGAUGAUGCAGGAGCUGUAGAAGUUGCUAAGCAUUGUAUGUCUUGUAGGGUUCACGACGAUCUUUGGGUAGAGCACGGUGUAGAACACAUGAUGACCAAGGUUCUGGUACCUAAUGUUGAUGACUUCAGCACCUCUAGUGGAGAUGAUAGUACUGGUGACUAUGUUGAUGCAAGCCAAUGUUUCAAUGACAGUGAAGAGGAAAGAGUAAUUGACGUAGAAGAAGAGCAAUUUGAACAAGUGGAGGUAGUUGUUCCAGUUAGUGGGAAUAGGGUGGAGAUCGAAGGGAAAUCAUUGAGAUUCAAGCGUUGUGCAUCCAAGGAUCCCAAAAAGAUGAAAGAAAAGAGCAAAAGGGACAAGGUCAGUGUUUUGGUGCCCAAAAGUGUCUUAGGAUCUUGUUCAAAGAGGGCUACAAGGAAAUGUGAAGAUGUGGAUUAUGCUAGUGAGGAACUUGAAAGUUCAGAUGCUGAUGAAAGUGACAUGGAUGACAAACCUUCCAAGCCAAAGUAUGAGAAGUUCAGAUCAAAGAUGCUUAACAAAGACUUUCAAUUCAAAUUAGGUAUGGAGUUCAUUUCUCUUUCUGAAUUUAAAGAUGCUAUCAGGGAUUGGUCAGUAUUAAAUGGUAGAGAAAUAAGGUUUGUUAAGAAUGAGAGCUGUAGGGUUAGGGUUGAGUGUAAGAGUAAAUGUGGGUUUUUGGCAUUAUGUAGCAAAGUGGGAGGUAGCCUCACUUACCAGAUAAAGACUUGGGUGGGGACCCACACAUGUGCAAGGGUAUUAAAUAACAAGUCUGCCAAUUCCAAGUGGGUCUCUAAGUUAGUGGUUGAAAAGAGGAAGUCACAAGGGAAAGUUAAACUGUCUGAAAUUAUGUCUGAGCUUAGACAGAAAUAUUAA